UGCAGAUAACUGCUCUCUCUGGUAGCGGGGGAGGAGAACACACUGGCUUUUACUAAAGAAAAUUUACAUUUUACCAACAAUUCAUCUCCCUUCCUGACAAGGGGAAUUGGGGAAGUGCUUUGUUUAUAGCUGCCUUCAGGAGGUUGUGGUGUCGGUGGAGACACAGUCGAGCAGUGUAUGUCAGGUCCUGCUAGAAGUGGUCGUGGGCUCUUGAAUGUAGAAGGUUCAGCACAGUAACCUCAGGAAGCAGUGACAAACAUCAAGGCAAAUGUGUGAUGAAAGGGGAGUCAUCUACGAGCGUCUCACUGUCUGGAGGACCCAACGUCUUGCAUUAGAGAGAUAGUCCACCGAUUUAAACAGGACCCUUGUAAUACUUCAUUUCUGGUGGUGUUGUGCCGGAAUAGGACACUUGUCUCCAGGUCCCCCACAGCUGGUCACUGGGUUCGCAACUGCAAGAAAUUCUACAAUACUAUGUACUUGUCAACUCCUAGGGAAAGAGCACCCUGAAAAAGUUCCAGCACUGUUUCUCUAAGUGCACUAUCAACAAAAAACGUUUCCAUGGAGACCUGCAUGCUUAAAAUCGGCUCAACAGGCUUCACAAUUAUCCCUGAGGAAGGAAUCAGUGCAUUCCGAAACGCGUCGGAGGAAUUGUGGACCCUAGAGGCUUCCGUAGUCUCGGGUGUGACGUCACACUACAGGUCUCCAGGACAACGCACCAAACAACGGCUGCUCUGUGCGCGCGCAAGCCACCGGCCGGGGCUGCACACGCUACACAGAACAAGCUGAAGAUAGAAGAUUGAACGGGACAAGAGAGGAGGAUCAUCAAUACCAUGAAGAUUGAACUUUUUCAGAAAAGAACCGAGCGGAGCACAUAACAAUAUCAUGCGGUACCGGAUCUUGGUUUCCUUCUCCGUUCUUCUGUCCAUGGGCGUCAUUUUGCUCUUUGCAACAAUAAGUUUGAAGUUUUCAGCCGAGAUGUCUGUGAUUCCCGCAAGCCUUCCCGAGCCUGAGAGAAAGUCAGUGACGCUGGAGGACGGGGUCUACACCUACCACCUGAACCUCUCACAAUUCCAGGAAGAGUUCCCUCAGCUUCAGAGCUACCACUGCUCCCCCCUCUACACCCCCCAGCCAGUGAAUGGGGGCACCUCACCACUACUGCUCCUGGCUAUCAAAUCUCACCCAGCAUCAUUCACCAGAAGAGGGGCCCUGAGAAGUACCUGGGCAAAAUCAGUGGACAUAAUGGGGUACAUGGUGAGGCCAGUCUUCCUGAUGGCCAUAAGUGACAUGCACAUGGAGAUAGUGAAGCUGGAGAAUGAUGAAUACAAGGACAUCUUACUGUGGGACUUCACUGAAGGACACCACAACUUGUCCCUCAAGGAACGAUGCUUCUUGGAGUGGCUGAACUACAAUUCCCCACAGGCAGCUUUUAUAUUCAAAGGUGAUGACGAUGUGUUUGUGAAUCCAGCCUCCUUGGUCCAGUACAUUAAGAUGCAAGCUACGUCUCCAUCCACACUACAUGGGGCACUGCAGAGACACUCGGUGGUUCUUCGUUACUCCAAAUACAAAAUCUCAGAGACCUUGUUCCCUUAUUCUAAAUAUCCAUACUUUCUGUCUGGUGGAGGCUUCCUCUUCCCGGGAGCCUCAGUCCAGCUCCUGUAUCAUGCCUCCCUGCACCUGCCAGUUUUUCCACUAGAUGACGUAUAUUUUGGGCUCCUUUCUUUGGCCGCCAAUCUCAGUCUUCACCAUGACAGUCGUUUUUAUGUUUUUGGACUGAAAUUUGACCCUUGUGACUACAAGCAAGCUUUUGUGGUGCACAGAAUAGAACCUGAUUACCUGCAAAAAAUCUGGAAACUAGUCCAAGAAGCCCAAUGUAACGGCACAGUGCCCACCAUUAAGUGAUCUCGAUCAGCUGGAACCGACAAUGUGCAAUGUGCGCCUCCCCCGAGGGCCCCUCUAUCACACCCCAGGUGUAGUAGGAAUGCCGAGUGGUGUAGUGCGGCCUAAAUGUCUCUUUAUGUCACGAUGCUCCUACCUGGAUUACGCUGGACCCAAGGCAUUGACUCCAAAGCAAAAAAAGGGGGAAUAAUUGAGGGAUAAAAGAAUAACUUAACCCCUUAAGGACUUAAGGACAAUUUCACCUUAAGGACUUUGACAUUUUUUGCAAAUCUGACCAGUGUCACUUUAAGUGCUGAUAAC